GAGAGAGAGAGAGAGAUGGAGAGAGGCAGGGAGGGAGAGCGCACGAACAGUGUUGCCGUUACUGUCAGCUGUGGAACGGUUCAGUCAUCAAUGGACAGGGUACACACGUAGCAUAGCCUCUUUCAAUGUACCUUUAUUUCUGCUAUGAAACGGAGGGAAGUAUAAUCAAAUCCGGUUACCUAGUUUCGCUUUCAUCGUUUAUAUUGCAGAUUGAAAUGGAGACAACGUUGUGUUAGCGUGCGCUAUUGAUUAGACUCCAAUAGGCUUUAUUCCUUGCGGAAUAUUUGUUUGAUCUCAACCAUAUAUUAACAAUGAUGGAGUAUUGGAGGCAGUGUGCAUUAUGGCUGAUCAACUGCAAGGUGCUACCACCCAACCAUCGGGUAACAUGGGAGUCCGCCCAGGUAUUCGACCUGGCUCAGACACUCCGAGAUGGAGUGCUCCUGUGUCAGCUUCUCAACAACCUCCGACCCCAGUCCAUCAACCUCAAAGAGAUUAAUCUCAGACCGCAGAUGUCACAGUUCCUGUGCUUGAAGAACAUCAGGACUUUUCUCUCCGCCUGCUAUGAGAUAUUUGGCAUGAAGAAGAGUGAACUCUUUGAGGCCUUCGACUUGUUUGAUGUGCGGGACUUUGGAAAGGUUAUGGACACAUUGUCCAAACUGUCCCACACCACGAUUUCAGAACAAACUGGAAUAAAGGCUUUUCCUUCAGAGGAGAGUCUAGAAGAAGAUGAGGACAUCUAUAACCACCUAGAAGACUUGAUUGAUGAGAAAGGCGUGGAGGACGAGGAGGAUCUUUAUGACUGUGUCUAUGAUGAUGAAGAUGGAGGAGAGAUCUAUGAAGAUCUGAUGAAGGCUGAAGCCGUCCGUCCUCCUCUGAAGCAGGUAGAGACAGACAUCAGGAGCUGCUGUCUGACAGAGAUCAAGCAGACUGAGGAGAAGUACACAGAGACUCUGGACUCCAUAGAGAAGUAUUUUAUGGCACCUCUUACGACAUUCUUGUCCUCAGAGGAGAUGAAGAAAGUGUUUGUCAACAUUCCGGACCUGGUUAAGGUUCACAAGAGUCUCAUGGUGGAGAUCCAAGACUCUGUCCGCCAUAAAAGUGCUCAGAACAUCUACCAGAUCUUCAUCCACUACAAAGAGAGAUUGCUAAUAUAUGGGAAAUACUGUAGCCAUGUAGAAACGGCCAUCGUUGCUCUGGAUGACAUCUGCAAACACAGAGAAGACAUCCGAAUGAAGCUGGAGGAAUGUGCAAAGAGAGCCAACUAUGGAAAGUUUACACUGAGGGAUCUGCUAGUGGUCCCUAUGCAGCGGGUACUCAAGUAUCAUCUUCUUCUACAGGAAUUAGUGAAACACACUCACGAUGCGGCUGACAAGAGCAAUUUGCGGCUGGCGCUGGAUGCCAUGAAGGACCUGGCUCAGUACGUCAAUGAAGUGAAGAGAGACAACGAGACUCUGAGAGACAUAGCCCAGUAUCAGAAAUCCAUCGAAAACCUUAAUCAGUCUCUUAGUACCUAUGGGAGACCAAAAGGAGACGGAGAGGUACGCGUUACCUCAAUCGACAAACGUGCCAAACAGGACCGGCACAUCUUCCUGUUCGAUGCUGCUGUGAUCGUCUGUAAGAGGAGAGGAGACAACUAUGAGAUGAAGGAGGUGAUCGACCUGCACCACUUCAAGAUCACCAACAACCCCACGUCAGAUAAGGAGAACAGGAAGUGGUCCUAUGGGUUCUACCUGACACACAACCAGGGGCAGAGUGGCUUCGAGUUGUUCUUCAAAACCAAGGAGCUGAAGAAGAAAUGGCUGGAGCAGUUUGGCAUGGCCAUAUCCAACAUACGUCCAGAGAAUGGCAACAGUAACUUCCAUGAGUUCAAGAUGCACACCUUCGACAGAAUUACAUCCUGUAGCUACUGCCACAUGCUGCUAAGGGGUAUCUUUAACCAGGGGUACCUUUGCUCCAAGUGUGGUGUUGGAGCCCAUAAGGAAUGUCUGGGGAGGUUUGGCAGCUGUGGAAAAACAGAUCCGGGCUCCUUCAGAACUCAGGAAAAAUCAGUACAAGGACAGCGCUCAGAUCCAGGGUUACCUAAGAUGUUGGUGACCAGGAACUAUUUUGGCGUGCCAAGUCCCAUAUGUGGCCCGCCCCUCAACAUCCAGCAAGGUGACAUCAUCGAGCUGGUCUGUGCCGAUCUACACAGCUCCUGGUGGCAGGGCAAAAUUCUGGCGACGAGAGAGGUCGGCUUCUUUCCAAGUGACGCCGUGAAGCCGUGUCCAUGUGUCCCCAAACCUGUCGACUACUCCACACAACCUUGGUUUGCUGGGCCCAUGGAGAGACUUCAGGCUGAGGCAGAGCUGAUCAACAGAGGGAACAGCACCUACCUGGUCCGCCACCGGAGCCGCGAGUUCACAGAGUAUGCCAUCAGCAUCAAGUACAGCAAUGACGUGAAGCACAUCAAGAUCCUGACCAGAGAUGCCUGCUUCCACAUCGCAGAGAACAAGAAGUUCAGGAGUAUAUUAGAACUAAUUGAGUACUACAAACACCAUUCAUUGAGGGAAGGCUUCAGAAGCCUGGACACCACACUGCAGUUCCCCUACAGAGAGCAGGAGAAUGCUGCUAUGCUCCACACCAACAGACCCGGAGGAAACAUGUUCACCCCUAAGGUGAUGGGUGUGGCGAUAGCCCGCUAUGACUUCAGCUCCAGGGACACCAGAGAGCUAUCUCUACAGGAGGGCGACGUAGUCAAGAUCUACACCAAGUCAGGAGCCAAUGGCUGGUGGAGGGGAGAGGUCAGCGGCAGGGUGGGCUGGUUUCCAUCUACCUAUGUGGAAGAAGGAGAGGAGUGAGAAAGAAAAAUACUGUUUGGUUUAGUACUGGACCCUCUAUGGUUGAUCUGACAGCUUGCUGAGAUGGGACUUCCUUAUCUGGGAUUCCAGCCCUCCUAUUGGCUGUUAAGUCAGUGACGUCCCAGAGACCUUUGGGAAAAGAGGGGUUUCUCGAUGGACUAGUUACUGGUUCUCUCUGCAACAGACUAAUGACUGGUUCUCUAUUAAACAGUCUAGUGACUGGUUCUCUUUGCAACAGUCUAGUUACUGGUUCUCUCUGCAACAGACUAAUGACUGGUUCUCUCUUCAACAGUCUAGUGAUUGAUUCUCUCUGCAAAUGACUAAUGACUGGUUCUCUCUGCAACAGACUAAUGACUGGUUCUCUCUGCAACAGACUAGUGACUGGUUCUCUCUGCAACAGACUAAUGACUGGUUCUCUCUGCAACAGUCUAGUGACUGGUUCUCUUUGCAACAGUCUAGUGACUGGUUCUCUCUGCAACAGACUAAUGACUGGUUCUCUCUGCAACAGACUAAUGACUGGUUCUCUCUGCAACAGACUAAUGACUGGUUCUCUCUGCAACAGACUAAUGACUGGUUCUCUCUGCAACAGACUAGUGACAGGUUCUCUCUGCUCUGCUCCACCACUUCAACAGCUUUGUUGUCAGCAGGGGAAGGACCUUUGCCAGAACCCAGCUCUCUCCUUCCGUCCCUCUCUUCCUCUCUCCCUCUGUCAAUACUGCUACCGCAAGUUGUCGCUGAAAUAUUUAAAUGCUGCCCAUCCAUCCAUUUAUCCAUCCGUCCACACCACCCAGAAUAUAGCUAAGACUGUCUAAGGAUUUGGAAAAGUGAAAGAGAAAAGAGAGGGAGAGAGAAGAGACACACACACACACAGGGUGGCAGGUAGCCUUGUGGUCUGAGCACUGAAAGGUUGCUAGUUCGAGUCCCCAAGCCGACAAGGAAAAAAAUCUGUCAAUGUGACAUUGAGCAAGCUACUUAACCCUAAUGCUGUCAUGAAACGCCUCCCACACCCAUCCUCACAGAUUACAAUCUCUGCCACUGAACAUGACACACGCACAGGUUAACGUUUAUUGGGAUGAAUCUGGUCCUGGGGGCAGAGCUGAGCGGGUUUCGUUAGCUGGUCCAGCCACAAAGGCAAAAUUGUUUAUAUCGUUAAAAAUAUGAGCUUUUUGGUCUUAAUUUAGGGUUAGGCACAAGGUUAGCAGUGGGAUUAAGGUUAGGGUUAAAAUUAGGGAUUGGAGAUUUUAUGACUUUGUGGCUGUGGCAGCUAGUGACCACCCUACAGAGCUGCCUCUAGUACAUGAGUCAUCCCAGUAAAUACCAACCUGCCACACACACAAAAGAUGAGAGAGAGGGAUGUUGGGGGAUAUCAUCGCCACCCCGCCCCUCAUGUUCUCAUCUCUCCAGCUGUACAGCAGGCUGGGUUAGGGGCUGUCGCUGUGGGUUGAUCUGAUAGGGACCUGGCUGGUUUGUCAGGGAACAAGCUAGUGAUGUGAUGCUACCCUACGACGGACGUAAGAGGCCCCCGCUCUCUCUUCUCUCUCUUCUCUCUCCACUCUUUCUCUUCCUUCUGACAGAAAACAAAAGGGAAUACUCUGAUUGGCCUGUAAACACGAUCUCCUGUUACCCCUACUGAUGGGGCCUCCAGCCCUCUGUCUUCUCUAUCUUUCUUUCUUCCUCUCUCUUUCUCCCUCUCUCUUUCAACCUCUCUCUUUGUCUCUCUCUCUCUUUGUCUCUCUCUCUUUCUCCCUCUCUCUUUAUCUCUCUCUUUGUCUCUCUUUCUCUUUCUCUCUUUGUCUCUCUCUCUUUCUCCCUCUCUCUUUGUCUCUCUCUCUCUUUGUCUCUCUCUCUUUCUCUUUCUCUCUUUGUCUCUCUCUCUUUCUCCCUCUCUCUUUCUCCCUCUCUCUUUAUCUCUCUCUCUUUGUCUCUCUCUCUUUCUCUUUCUCUCUUUGUCUCUCUCUCUUUCUCCCUCUCUCUCUUUCUCUUUCUCUCUUUGUCUCUCUCUCUCUUUGUCUCUCUCUCUUUCUCCCUCUCUCUUUGUCUCUCUCUCUCUUUGUCUCUCUCUCUUUCUCUUUCUCUCUUUGUCUCUCUCUCUUUCUCCCUCUCUCUUUCUCCCUCUCUCUUUAUCUCUCUCUCUUUGUCUCUUUCUCUUUCUCUCUUUGUCUCUCUCUCUUUCUCUCUCUCUCUCUUUGUCUCUCUCUCUUUCUCCCUCUCUCUUUCUCCCUUUCUCUUUCUCUUCUUUUAACCCCCCUUUCCCCCACUUUCUUCUUCUCCCUUUCUCUCUCCACUCUCCCCUCCCCUCUCCCCAGAAGGGUGUUUCCAGUAGACGUUCCAGGCAGUGCCUUUCUUCCUUCAUAAUCCUCUAAUGUGAGGGAUUUAGCAACAUUUGAGGGAAUAAUGACUUCACUCAGAAUCACACUCAGGCAGGCUGAUCAGGCCGUAUAAUAAUGUAAAAGUCACCACAGACAAUGCAGUGUAAUAGUCAGUACAGAAGGAAAUGGGAGGUGAUGCUCGCCAAAUCACAGCUCACACCAGUGAUCAGUGUUUUCACUCAUACGGCUUUUUAGUCCCAAUGCAAUUGCACCAGGAUCUGUUUGCCGUAGUCUGAACCCUCUGACUUUGAUUGACAGGUUUAUGCUAUGCCACAGAGUGUUAAUUUCUGUUCUGUGAGGUGAUAGUUCAGGUGGUGGCGUCUGGGAGGAGAGCUGCAGGACAAAGACACACGCGGGCACAAACACACACACCGCACAGCCAUAACUGUCUUCAGUUUACCCAUUCAAUACCCAUACAUACUCCAUAGUAUAAUAUUGAAUGAUCAUACAAUACAUACGUGAUGUAUAUAUUAUUAUAAUGAUUAUAUUGUGCAACAAAACAUAUGCAAUCAUCAGGGUUAUAACUAUAAAGGGGAGGUAUUCAAUGCCUCAGCAAUGUCCCUGUCUUCUGGGUCGUAUUCACUAGGCACCAAACGGGAGCAAGCAGACUUAAACAGAAAGGGGCUACCUGAACAAUAUCAACGCUCAUAUUCGUUUUCAAUUGUUUUGCUACGGUGUGCACUAAUGAAUACAACCCUGCUGUCUUCCUGUGGUUCUUUUGUGUGUUGAUGCUGGUCAUUGAGGCACAAAAUGGAUUAUGAUGUGAAUCUGGUCCUCAGAAUGCUGGGAAAUGUAGUGUUUUACAAUACUGUAUGUCGCAAGGGAAAGUAGUGUUUGAACUGUAGUAAGGAAUCAGUGGAGUGAAAGACUGUCCUCUCCUGUGACUCUCCUGUGACUCUCCUGUGACUCUCCUGUGCUUAUUUGAACUGUUUCCCACCACAAUGGCAUUAUGCUUUUUUGAAGUGAAGGCAGCUCAAAUUCCAGCUGAACUAUUGGUUUUAUUUGUUUUAAUGUGCAAGCCAUCUGGAUAAUGUCUUGAUAUGAUGAAAUGUGUAUAAGAGAUGUAUUUUUUAUUUUUGAAUUGUUUUGAUGGAAUGUGAUAGUGUGUGUACAGGUUGCAUUGUGAAGUGUCCCCAUCCACCCCUACUCUGUUUUCUAACUGCAGUGCAUGUUAGCUACCACCAGAUGGCAGCAGCAUAAGCACAUCUUUCCCCUCACCUCUUUCUCUGCAUGUCUCUCCUCCAGCUUCAACCAUGCUUUACUUAUGGUCUCUUCCUAUGACAGUGUGGACUGGGGGUUGUUUGAAUUCAUUAUGAGAUGAUUUGGGAGUUGCCUUUAAAAUGAUAGCCCCACCAUAGACAUAACAGAGAGAACAUUUCUGGUUGCAACCAGGCUUUUGAAGCAUGGGAUCAAGUAAUCUACUAACACAGAGAGAUACGAACAGCCUUUCUAACCAUGGGAUCUAGUAGUCUACUAACGCAGAGAGAUACGAACAGCCUUUCUAAGCAUGGGAUCAAGUAAUCUACUAACACAGAGAGAAACGAACAGCCUUUCUAAGCAUGGGAUCUAGUAGUCUACUAACACAGAGAGAUACGAACAGCCUUUCUAAGCAUGGGAUCUAGUAGUCUACUAACGCAGAGAGAUACGAACAGCCUUUCUAAGCAUGGGAUCUAGUAGUCUACUAACACAGAGAGAUACGAACAGCCUUUCUAAGCAUGGGAUCUAGUAGUCUACUAACACAGAGAGAAACGAACAGCCUUUCUAAGCAUGGGAUCUAGUAGUCUACUAACGCAGAGAGAUACGAACAGCCUUUCUAACCAUGGGAUCUAGUAGUCUACUAACACAGAGAGAUACAAACAGCCUUUCUAACCAUGGGAUCUAGUAGUCUACUAACGCAGAGAGAUACGAACAGCCUUUCUAAGCAUGGGAUCUAGUAGUCUACUAACGCAGAGAGAUACGAACAGCCUUUCUAACCAUGGGAUCUAGUAGUCUACUAACGCAGAGAGAUACGAACAGCCUUUCUAAGCAUGGGAUCUAGUAGUCUACUAACGCAGAGAGAUACGAACAGCCUUUCUAACCAUGGGAUCUAGUAGUCUACUAACACAGAGAGAUACGAACAGCCUUUCUAACCAUGGGAUCUAGUAGUCUACUAACGCAGAGAGAUACGAACAGCCUUUCUAACCAUGGGAUCUAGUAGUCUACUAACACAGAGAGAUACGAACAGCCUUUCUAACCAUGGGAUCUAGUAGUCUACUAACGCAGAGAGAUACGAACAGCCUUUCUAACCAUGGGAUCUAGUAGUCUACUAACACAGAGAGAAACGAACCUCCUUUCUAAGCAUGGGAUCUAGUAGUCUACUAACGCAGAGAGAUACGAACAGCCUUUCUAACCAUGGGAUCUAGUAGUCUACUAACGCAGAGAGAUACGAACAGCCUUUCUAACCAUGGGAUCUAGUAGUCUACUAACACAGAGAGAUACGAACAGCCUUUCUAAGCAUGGGAUCUAGUAGUCUACUAACGCAGAGAGAUACGAACAGCCUUUCUAACCAUGGGAUCUAGUAGUCUACUAACGCAGAGAGAUACGAACAGCCUUUCUAACCAUGGGAUCUAGUAGUCUACUAACGCAGAGAGAUAUGAACAGCCUUUCUAAGCAUGGGAUCUAGUAAUCUACUAACACAGAGAGAUACGAACAGCCUUUCUAAGCAUGGGAUCUAGUAGUCUACUAACGCAGAGAGAUACGAACAGCCUUUCUAAGCAUGGGAUCUAGUAGUCUACUAACGCAGAGAGAUAUGAACAGCCUUUCUAAGCAUGGGAUCUAGUAAUCUACUAACAUAGAGAGAUACGAACAGCCUUUCUAACCAUGGGAUCUAGUAGUCUACUAACGCAGAGAGAUACGAACAGCCUUUCUAACCAUGGGAUCUAGUAGUCUACUAACGCAGAGAGAUACGAACAGCCUUUCUAACCAUGGGAUCUAGUAAUCUACUAACACAGAGAGAUACGAACAGCCUUUCUAACCAUGGGAUCUAGUAAUCUACUCCCCCGCCUUUUCCACGAGCGGUGAACUCCGGCGGCAAGGGGUUUACACUAGCAGGGCUUCUUCCUUCCCUGUGUGUGUCUUUAUCCUCUACCCAGAGAGAACAGAAGAAAGCCUCAGGGGUAUCAAUGAUCUGAUCUCUACACUAUCUUUCCUCACCUAGCACACCCACUACAUCCAACAAUCUGUUCAUUUCUCUCACUCUCUCCCUCUUACUAUGCCCUUCCUCCAUCUUGCCCUCUAUAUCUAACUCUCUUUCUCUGUUUCUCUCUCUCUCUCUCUGCUUCUCUGUAUUCUCUCCCUGUCCCCGUUUCGGUGAAGUGGUUGAAACCCAGCACUGUAUCUUCAUACCAGGAUAGGAUAUACACUAUAUACUCUGUUAUAUUGUAAAAUAGAGAGGAGAUGUUUCAGGUGUUUCAGUCUACUCCACCAGACAGCCACAUACAGACUUCUUUUAAGUCUUUUGUAGCUGAAACAACCAUCAUCUCACCGGUAGUCAUGGACAAGUCGUUAAAGCCUUUGCUUACAGAUAAGAAGCCAUAGUUAUAUUGAUCGACAACAGAGCGGUCUGCUGUCUGCACUGUGUCUCUCCGCUGUGUCACUCUGUAUAGUGCAUUGUUCACCUUGUUAGAACAUCAUUUAUGAAGCCAAAUAUGUCUACUGUACCUAUAUUUGACAUUCUGGAGUCUAAACACCAUGGCAACCUGCCACUGUGGCCUAACUAACCUAUAGCCGUGCAAUGGAACAUAACCACAUAGUAUUGUAUCAUACUGUAAAUAUGUAAAUAUCACACAAUAAACACAAAUGUAUAUGGCUUCUUUUUAA